AUGAGCGGCAACAAGAAGCAUCAAGGAACGAAUUUGGACGAGGAGCAUAUCGCAGAGUUGAGGGAGAUAUUCCGUUCGUUCGAUAGGAACAACGACGGAAGCCUGACACAGCUGGAGCUGAGCUCCCUUCUGAGGUCGCUGGGGCUAAAGCCCAGCGGGGACCAGCUGGAGGCCUUCAUCAACAAGGCCGACACCAACAACAACGGCCUCAUCGAGUUCUCUGAGUUCGUCGCCCUCGUAGCCCCUGAAAUCCUCCCGGCUAAGUCGCCCUACACAGAAGAGCAGUUGCGCCAGCUCUUCAAGAUGUUCGACCGCGAUGGCAAUGGUUUCAUCACCGCGGCCGAGCUUGCGCACUCCAUGGCCCGCCUCGGCCACGCCCUCACCGCCGACGAGCUCACUGGCAUGAUCCGGGAGGCUGACACCGAUGGUGAUGGCCGCAUCAAUUUUCAGGAAUUCUCUCACGCUAUCACUUCUGCUGCUUUUGAUAAUUCAUGGGCCUAGCCACUCAAGUUAAUUUCUCCCUAGGUGUGUAAAUGAUUCCAUCGUACCUCAGUUUAUUCUUUCCAACUACGUACUCAUUCAUAAAUGAAUCAGCUGCUCAUGA